AGGUCACGUGACUUCCGUCUCCUCGCGGCACCUCAACACGUCAUUUCCGCACGGAGCUCGCGCUAGUGCCGUGCACUGCAGGGAAAGCGAUAAAAGGAGGAGAACUUUCUUUUAUUUCUUUUAUUAUUAAUAUCUGACCAUCAUGGCGGUCUACAGAAGUAUUGCAGGAUUACAACGAGUUUUGCACGCGCAUAUCUGUCUCAGGCCAAGCUGUGGUGUUGUUUUCUGUCGGUACUCUACAGUUUAUGACAGAAAUGAGAAAACUUUCGAUAAAAUCCUCAUUGCAAACAGAGGUGAGAUCGCCUGCAGAGUGAUUAAAACAUGCAAGAAGAUGAACAUCAAGACAGUUGCUGUUUACAGUGAUGUAGACUCCAGUGCGGUUCACGUGAAGAUGGCAGACGAAGCUGUAUGUGUCGGACCUGCACCUACUAGUCAAAGUUACCUUAACAUGGACGCUAUCAUGACGGCCGUCCAACAGACUGGAGCUCAAGCUGUUCACCCCGGGUAUGGUUUCCUGUCUGAAAAUAAAGAAUUUGCCAGGAGAUUAGCAGAGGUUGGGGUGACCUUCAUUGGUCCUGACACACAUGCAAUUCAGGCAAUGGGGGAUAAGAUCGAGAGCAAACUUAUUGCCAAAGCUGCCAAAGUCAGCACCAUCCCGGGGUUUGAUGGGGUGGUCAAGGAUACGGAGGAGGCCGUUCGAAUCGCAGCAGAGAUCGGCUAUCCUGUUAUGAUUAAAGCGUCCGCUGGUGGAGGUGGUAAAGGAAUGAGGAUUGCUUGGAAUGAAGAGGAAACCAGGGAAGGAUUUCGUUUUUCUUCCCAAGAAGCCGCAUCUAGUUUCGGAGAUGAUCGUCUGUUGAUCGAAAAGUUCAUUGAUAAUCCGCGACACAUCGAAAUUCAGGUGUUGGCAGAUAAGCACGGCAAUGCCUUGUGGUUGAACGAGAGAGAAUGCUCCAUCCAGAGAAGAAACCAGAAGGUGGUAGAGGAGGCGCCCAGCACCUUUUUGGAUCCACAAACUCGGAGAGCGAUGGGGGAGCAGGCCGUGUCUCUGGCUAAAGCGGUGAAGUACUGCUCGGCCGGCACUGUGGAGUUUCUCGUGGACUCUCAGAAGAAUUUUUACUUUUUGGAGAUGAACACCCGUUUGCAGGUCGAACACCCCAUCACAGAGUGUAUUACUGGGCUGGAUUUGGUGCAACAGAUGAUUCGGAUCGCCAAAGGUUACGAACUCCAGCACAAACAAUCAGAUAUACCCAUAAACGGCUGGGCUAUCGAGAGCAGAGUCUAUGCGGAGGAUCCAUACAGAUCAUUCGGCCUCCCCUCCAUCGGCCGGCUCUCCCAGUACCAGGAGCCGCUCAACUUAGCUGAUGUUCGUGUGGACAGUGGAAUUCAAGAAGGAAGUGACAUCAGCAUUUAUUACGAUCCCAUGAUUUCAAAGCUGGUCACGCAUGGUAACACCCGAGAAGAGGCUCUGAAGAAAAUGGAAAACGCACUCGAUAACUACGUCAUCCGAGGUGUAACUCACAACAUUCCUCUUCUGAGAGAGAUCAUCGUUAACCCUCGUUUUGUGUCUGGUGACAUCAGUACCAAGUUUCUCCCAGAGGUGUAUCCUGAUGGGUUCAAAGGUCACGUAUUGACAACGGGAGAGAGAUGCGAGCUGGUGGCCACCACUGCUGCGCUCUACAUAGCAGCACAGCUUCGUUCACAGAAGUUUUUGGGAGAUCUAAGGGUGUCCAUCGUUCCUCCUGAGACCAAGUGUUGGGAGUUAAUCGUGGAGCUCGAUAAAGGUGUUCACAUGGUCGGCGUGUCUCGGUCUGGAAACGACUACACGGUAGAGAUAGAUGGAGAAAAGGUCGAUGUGUCCGGAGAAUGGAAUUUGGCAUCUGCACUUCUCCCCAUCACCGUCAACGGAAAAUACAGGACUCUCCAGUGCCUUCUCCGGACAGCGUCAGGGGAGAUCACCCUGCAGUAUCUAGGCACUUCAUAUAAGUUGCGUGUGCUGAGUAAACUGGAAGCGUCUCUCGGUAAGCACAUGCCUGAGAAGGUUCCAGAAGACACCAGUAAUAUCCUCCGCUCUCCCAUGCCGGGAUCUGUGGUGGCUGUGUCUGUUAAACCAGGCGAUAGGGUCGCAGAGGGCCAAGAGAUCUGUGUGAUCGAAGCCAUGAAGAUGCAGAAUAGCAUGACUGCCGCUAAGGCCGCCACGGUGAAAAGUGUGCACUGUAAAGCAGGAGAUACAGUAGGAGAUGGAGAUCUACUUGUGGAACUGGAAUAAAAUAGUGUCAAAACAUCUCAUUUGUGUGUUCUAAGGAAAUUAUAGGUCAUGGUGGAUAACCAAUCAAAGACAUCAGUAGAUGGGACAUUCCUCCAAUAUUUUAGUUUUUGUUUGUUUCAUAGUUUUACUUUGUUUUCUACAUUAUAACUCUAAUUGCAUUUCUGUGAUUUUGCACAUUAAAACACAUUCUGCCUUGGCCCUGAAAAAAA